AUGGUCAACUUCGUCCUCAUCUCCGCCCUUGCUACGCUGGCCAGCGCCAAGAUCGCCCCCAGCGUGCACCGCCACUUGAAGUCCAACAAACUUGUAGACGUGGUCGUAGAGUUCAGCGGCAACAUCCCCGCCCUCGAAGUCGCAGACAUUGAACUGGAGGCCUUCACUGAACGUGCACCCCGGAUCGCCCACGUUCGCUCGCGCUUGGUGGACCACAUGCAGGCAAACCAGCAUAAGGUGGCCGAGUUCUUGUCGUCGCAACCCGAAGCGUUCACGGUGCGCACGGAGCGCUACUACAUUGACAACACGCUGCAUAUUGUUGGCGCUAGCCUUCCGCUGUUGGAGCAACUCGCGAAAUUCACCGACUUUGACAAGUUCAGUUCGGAUGUCUUGGCCUCCGACUCAAACAACUCGACUGGCAUGCAAGCCACCAACGAAUGGGGCGUGAACCUCAUCGGCGCCAGCACUGUCUGGGCGAGUGGCAACCGCGGCGAAGAUAUUGUGGUCGGCAGCAUCGACACAGGCGCCCUCUACACCCACGACGCGUUGAAGGGCAACUGGCGCUCCACCUACGGCUGGUUCGACCCCACCGACAAGAGCGUGCUGCCCGUCGACACGAAUGGCCACGGCACCCACACCAUCGGGUCGAGCGUCGGCGCUGGCGGGGUCGGUGUAGCUCCCGGCGCCACGUGGAUCUCAUGCCGAGGGUGCACCACUAGCUCGUGCCCUGAAGCUGCCCUCACCGCCUGUGCCCAAUGGAUGCUCUGCCCCACCGACGUCCAAGGCAACAAUCCCAAGUGCGAGUUGGCUCCCCACGUGAUCAACAACAGCUGGGGUGGUAACGUCGCCGGCAACAAAUGGUACCAAGCGCAAGUGGACGCAUGGCAGAAGGUGGGCAUCGUGCCCGUCUUCGCCAAUGGUAACGCCGGUCCCAAUUGCGCCACCGUGGGCUCUCCUGGCGACUAUCCCAACGUCAUCGGGGUCGGAGCCGUGGGGGCAGACGACAAGCUGACCAGCUUCAGCAGCCGCGGACCUACCCCCGACAAGCGCGUCAAGCCCGACGUGUCGGCCCCCGGCUACCAGGUGCGGUCGUCGUGGAACACGGGCGCCUCAGCAUACAAGACCAUCUCGGGCACGUCCAUGGCCACCCCCUACGUCACGGGUGCCAUCGCCCUCCACCAAGGGCCCGAAUUACGCCGACGUGUACAACGCCUUCACGACCACCGUGGACACCACGACGUUGACCCCGGACAACAAGAACUGCGGGAGCGUCAAGGAUGCCACCUACCCCAACAACAACUACGGAUUCGGCCGCAUCAACAUUGCGACCGCGGUGGGCGCCAAGCCGUCCCCCACCACCACAUCGGCCGCCCCUGUGACAACAGUUGUCCCCGUUACCACCCGUGA